AUGAAAGAUUACCAUUUGGUAUUGGAAUAUGCUAACCAAGGAACUCUUGAAAGUUACCUAGAUAAAAAUUUUGAAAAUCUCACUUGGAAUGAUAAGUAUAAAAUGGCUCAUCAGUUGGCUUGUGCUGUCUUAUGUUUGCAUGAUGAAGGAAUUGUACAUAACGAUUUGAACUCCUCUAAUAUAUUGGUUCAUCAACAUGAUAUUAAAUUGGCAGACUUCGGAUUAUCAAAAAGGCUUGAUGAAUCAUCUAGACUUCAAUCUAAAGUAUUUGGUGUAAUUCCCUAUACGGAUCCAAAAAAAUUUAGUAAACGAGGAACACACAAAUCUAAUGAAAAAAGUGACGUAUAUAGUGUUGGAGUAUUAUUAUGGGAAAUAUCAAGCGGUCGAAAACCCUUUUAUAUAGAAGAUGAACCAUAUGAUAUUGAUUUAGUUAUGGAAAUUAGUGGUGGUUUAAGAGAAACAAUUGUUCCUAAUACACCAACUGAUUAUGUUAAACUUUAUGAAGAAUGUUGGGACAGUGAACCGAGUAAACGGCCAAAUAUGGAAGAAGUAGUUAAAAGAUUAAAAACGAAUAUUCAAUCAGAUGAACCACCACAUAAUAAUAAUCGUCGUAAUAGUUUUAAUUCUACCACUUCAGAAAUUAGUCCAUUACAAGAAGAAUUAGCUCAAUUGAUGGAAAAGUUUAACAAAAUGAUUACAAAAGAUUUAGAUGUUUCGGAACUUGGUUCAUUACAUAUGAAAUUAUCUUCGCUAAUUGAAAAAUUCAAUGAAGCGGCUGCUUCAAAUGAUUCGUCACAAUUUAGUUCGAAUGCAAUUAGAACACAUUCAAGUAAUGAUUGUUUAUUAAACACGAUCGAAAUUGGAUCUACGAGAUCUACGAGAUCUUCAGAAGAAGAAUUUACCGAAAGGGAUUUAAGUAAGAAUGUUGAGGAUAUAACAAAACUUUAUUUUAAAAUAUUAAAUGAAGGGAAAAGUUUAAACAUAAGAAAAAAAUAUGUGCUAGAUUAUCUUAAUGAUCAUAACAUUAGUAAGAAAGAGAUUCAUAAUUGGUUAUCAAAUAAUCAAAAUAACUCCGAUAAUAAAUUUUUAUUGGGAUAUUUUAAUUAUUUUGGAAUUGUAAAAAAUAAGAAUUAUGAAUUAGCAUUUUAUUUAUUCAUGACUGCUUCAACGCAGGAUCACAUAUUAUCGUUAUAUUAUGUAGGAGCAUGUAAUCAACAUGGACAUGGAACUAAAAAAAAUCCACAAUUAGCUCUUGAUUGUUAUAAAUUAAUCGCUAGUAAAAAUAUUGCGAUAGGACAGGCAAGACUUGGUUAUUUUUAUGAAAAAGGAAUAG